CAGUUACAGACUCCGAUCGAUCCCACGCAUACAUUUCGCCGUCUGUUAAUUGUGUCAGCACUAGUCAGUGUCAGCAGUACUUUGUGUUUCUUCUAACCGAUACUGGAAGACUUGAGACUUUCUUCUUGCAUAUCUGGGUCCUUGUGUAUAGAGCUUUGGCAGCAGAAAGGGAUGACAAGCUGAUAAAAUACAAAAUAAAAUCAUGUAUCAGAGGACGCCAUUCCGUUCUCAGAGGUUGACGGAACCUCUGAGAGACAAAGAAAAUGUCAAAUCUACUGGUUUAGCAGCAAUGGUACCUGGAAGGGCCAGAACCCCCAUGAAAGCAUUUGGCUCUCCUCACACGCCCCUCACUCCGUUGAGGCAGCCUCUAGCUCUGGUGAAUGGACCAGGGUCGGGUUUGAAAGGCCAGCAACCUCGGAAGCAUAGCCUCAAGCCAUCGUUACCCCGUAUCGAGGCCCUUCGGAAUGAAGGUGGGAUAGGGAAGCUAGAUGGGGGCUCUGCCACGAGAGGGACAAAAACUCCAAAGAGACCUACAUGUAAAAGACAGAAGUCCAAGAGCUGUGCUUCCACACCCAGCCUUGCCAGUGUCACUAAACCUAAACCAGAUGAUAGUGUUGUAGAUUCUAUUACAACUCAUCUCUUUGAUCAGAUUCUUCAAUCUGAACUGGGUCUGGUCAAAAGUAACACCACAUUACAUCAGCCAAAGAUGGAAAGAAGCGUUUCCCCCGUAAAGGUCAGAAGUCAUUCUGACACUGUGGAAGAUGUCCAGCAUGGCCAAGACAUCAAUGAGCCUUGGUUUGAUGAAGCUGUUUCUGCCUAUGUAGAGGGAAUCAUCAGUAGUGCUCUUCAUUCCCUUCACCAAGAGGCACAUGAACCAUCCCACAGAACUGAUUCAGAGGUAAUGACUUACAACCAAACUCUGAAAUCACCUUCUUCAAGACCAGAGCCAUCGGAUGAGGACAUACAGACCUAUGUUGAUGCUGUCCUUUCUGUGCAGCUUCAGCUUGUCAGAAUGGAAUAUGAGGACAAACUGAAUUCUUGCCUGGACCAUUCAUUGGAUUCUCCUCGUGAUGCCUCAGAGGAUAAUCUUCAAGAUGGUUCCUUGACUUCCUUCAAUGAUGAUGGACAUGAAGGCACCCUCGAUGCUGACAUUGAUGAUAGUUUGGUAGGAAGCCUUUCAUUUGCGGACACUACCCCGUCUAGGGUGAAAAUGCAGUGCGCUAGUCCAUGCACCAGCCUUCUUCUCGAUGCAUUUGCUUCUCUGAGCGAGGGAGGAACUCCACCUGGCUCAUCUCCAGGAUACAUGCUCCUGCCACCCAGGAGAGAGUUGGCUCAUGGUGAAGCCGGAGUUAUCUUGCGUCAUGACUCUGCUGACAGCCUGGGCAGCUAUGAAGAUGAGUUCCUUCGCUUUGUUCACAGCCAGUAUGGCUCCAAGAAUGCUAUGGAAAGAACCAAUUCUCCUUUCAUGCAAGAUACUGGGGUGUGCACAACUCCAGGAUUGAAUGAUGUUUCAAGAAACAGUUUGUCAUAUGAAGUCAGAGACACCUAUACACCUUUGAGGUUGAUAGAUAACUCCACCAAUAUGACACCAAAGAAUAUUGUGAAUACAGAGACCUUUAUUACCCCUGUGAAACUCUCUGAAAUAUUCACAGAAACCAAUGCCGUUUCUCUGCAGGAGAGUAGCACAGAGACUGAAGCUGUCCAAUUGAAAGAUGCCAUGAUUGGUUCGCCGUUGAAUACAGCUUCUGUAGGUGUAUCAAUGACUCCGGUCAAACCCAGCGACGCCCAAACGAAUACUUCACCAACCAAAGUCACAGACUCGUCAACAGACAUGGGAAUAGAGAUGGCGGACUGCGGCUCAGAUGCCAGAAAGCUGGAGGUCUGUGAUGCGAUGGUGGGGACCCCUGUAAAGCAGUGUACCUCUGGAGUUGCCACCUCCCCAGUGAUUUCCCAAGACACCUCAUCCUGUAUGACACCUGUGAAGAUGGAAAGCACCGCUAUGGGGACCUCCCCUGCCAAGGUUGAAGACUGUGGCACCGAGAUGCCAGUCAUACACCUGAUUGAUACUGGAGUCGGUAUGUCACCACUUCCCAACAGGACAGAAACAGCUGUUGGAACCUCACCAACAGCAACUGCAGACAAAGAAGUGGGAUGUACCCCUAUUAGGAUGACUGAUAUGAAUUGUGGAACAACUCCACAUCAGGUUACCGAUAGUAACACAGCAAUGACUCCUAUUCUGGUCACCAACACCCAAACGCUCACUUCACCACCAGUUGUGCCAAGUCUUAGAUUUAGUAUGAGUCCAAACUCUGUGGAUUCGGUGAAGCUAGUAAGCCAUGUUCAAACGGCAGCCAUCAGCAACCAACUCCUUAGGACUGAAAUACAGAUGCUACGUUCCGAGAAGGCUCAGGCAGAUCAAAGACUUACUCUCGCUACCGAACAGAUACAGAAGAAAGAGCAGGAGGUGCUGAUGAAUGAAGAUACGAUGGGGCAGUUGAAGAGAAUGGCCAGGGCAUCGGCUGAUAAAGAGAUAGAAGAUUUGAUGUCUCAGGUUGGAGAACAGAUGAUGCAGAUAGCUCAACUGGAGGCAGCACUUGGAGAGAAAACCCAGAUGUUGUCUAGUCUCAAGGAUGAUAAUGAGAAGAUGAAGAAGGAUUAUAAACAACAGAUAAUUGACUUACAAGAUGAUCUUUGCAGGGCCUACAGGCAACAUCAGCAACAGCUGUCUGAUUUAGAGACCCAGUACAGGAAAGGAGACUAUGAGAGACACUAUACAAGGAGUCAACAGAGAGUCAAUGAGCUUGAGAGUCAACUUGAUGCAUUUAUGCAGCUACAGGAUACAGUAGACAGAGCCAUUCAAAUACAGGAUCAAUUUUGUGUUGUUAAGAAGACUUUUGAAGAUGUGGAAUCAUUGUUCAAGAUGACGAUGCUGAGUCGUGAUAGAGUAACAGCACAGAUGAAGACAUUGGAGGACAAUAAGACCAGUCUGGAGAAGGAAAAGGAAGCAUGGAGACAUCAGAUCGAAGAUGGAGACAGAAAGAUGAAGGAAAACAAUGAGAAGAUGGAAGAAAUGAGAAAGAUGAAAGAGGAGGCAGAGAACAGUAGAUGUGAAAUGUACAAGGAACUACAAGAAACCUUAGAAUCUAAAGAUACGGAAAUUUCCAAGAAAGACAAAGAAAUCGAAGAACUGUCCAUCAAGUGUACUCAACUGGAGGAGAGGGAGGUAGCCCAUUUCCUUGAAGAGCGUAAUCAGGAGGCAGCCAUCAUGGUACAGCUUGAGCAGCAAAAGGCAAUUAAACUUGAACUGGAGCAGACCAAAACAAACCUGCAAGAAACCAUCGAUCAGCUUCAUAAGCAGUGCCAGAGUGUAUCAACUGAGAAGCUUUCCCUUAGUGUCGAUUUGAAUUCUACCAAGGCCAAACUCUACUCUGUGGAAGCUGAGCUGGAGGAUACAAAGAAGACGAAUGAAGAGAGACGGACCAGGCUUUCUGACCUGGAGCUUGAACUGCAAACCUGCAGGAAUGCUAGUACAGAGUUGCAACUCGUCAAAUCCACACUAAAGACACUAGAGAAACAGUUCCAGGAGAACAAGCAAUUCCUAGAAGAGGAGAGGACAGCCCUGGAGGAGUCUGCAGCAGAGACAGAGAAUGAGCUGAGAAUCACCGGUAUGGAACUAUCCAGGAGUAAAGCAGCAUUGUCUGAGGCAGAGCUGGUCAGGCGACAACUCCAGGUUUCCAUGUCAUCUCUCAGUGAGCAGGUAGAAUCCCUUCAGAGUGAGCUAGACCAUACCAAGGCCCAAGCUCACUGGAUGCUCUUAAAUCAAGCCUCAGAGAUUAGCGAUGCUACUACAGCUCUUGAUCAACUCACUCAUGGUAUCUCAACAGCAGUGGCAAAGCUCGCGGAUCACACUCUUGACAAGGUUGAAGGAGCAUCAUCAAGUGGUUUUGUCACAGAACAACGAAGUCAUGUACACCAUCGCUCGAAGUCAUCUGGUAAACCAGGAUCUUUAGUGGUCUCUGUUCUCAGAGCAGUCGACCACAUUGAAACCCCUGGCAAGACAUCGAGUAUUGAUGACCCAGUCACUCCAUGUCGACAGAAAGGAAAAGAAGAUGGUUCGCCAGCAGUGGUCAUUGGUCAGUCCAGCUCAAGUGCCUUCUCAGUACCAAGACCAAGAACUCUCAUUGACCAACAGGAAGAAGAAAAAGAAGCCAUCGGCAGCAAUGACCAAGAUAAGAAGCCUGUUGAGGCGCUACCUGAUCAGGUUUUGAAUUUGAAGACACUGUUCUCCAAGAUGUUCACUGCAUUCAUCGAAAAUGAGGAGAAGCUGAGGGAGGAAGUGUCUCGACUCCAACAUGAAAUUCAAGAGAAGGACAAGGGCUCUAAGAAGACCCUUCAGCGCUCUGAGAAUCAAGUGUUGCUGUUGAGGGAGCAGCUGGAGGAGUCUCUAUCUUAUCGUAACCAGCUCCAGCAGAGUCUAGUAGACGCCCAGAGACAAUCGUCCGAACAGCUUCAGGCUCUGGACUAUGCACAGGAAAGGAUAGAAGACAUGGCUACCAACCUGGCAAGGUUCUCAGAUCAGAAAUCAAAGAUAGAGGCCAUGGAAGAAGAGAUAUCGGGUCUUAGAGCAUCCCUGAAGAUGGUUACCAGAGAGAAAGAAAUAGUGAUGGCUCAGUAUGAGGCAUUAUCCUCAAAGUAUCAACAGGUAUCCAUGUCUUCUACUGGGGAUGGAGAAAGCAUGGGCAAACUACUGAAAGAAAAUCUCCAUUUGAAGAAAGAGCUGGACAAGGUUCGCAUGAAGUUCCUCAAACGACAGGAAGACUAUGAGCUGUUUCAAAGCAAGGCUGGAAAACAGAUGAAAGUAUUAGAGGGAAAUUGGAAGAAAGCUGAAGCAGAGAUCUAUAGACUUGAUCAACUCUUUGACCAUUGCAGAAAGGUAAUGGAUAAGGUUCCGAGUCAGAUGUGCCAAAAGGAUCCUAACCUCAGGCUACUUUAUGAGAUGUUCAGCAGUCAGUAGAAUGUGUCUCAUCACGGAGUUUGACUUGUGAAUCUGUUUACUCCUAUAUUACAAAUGGGUUGUCCAUAAACAUCCUACUACCAAGAGUGUGUGUUACAAUGGGCUGAUUUCAUGAAACUAUCCAUAACCAUAUUUUGUGAACAUACUUAGAAAUGUUUAUUAUACCUUACCGUGGCGAGUUUCACAAUACUAUCAUAAUACUUAUUUAAUUAACACGCUUAAAGAUGUGCGCUGAGUAAUACCUUACAAUUGGGUACUAGUGUUACAAGACUAUAUCAUUUCACGAACAUCUAUUGUGGAGAUGAUAUUAAACAAAGAUUAGAUGAAGAGCUUACAGUGGUUUGGUGAAACUGCCCCCUACGGUCUUAUUGUACUUCAUAAGAAUAGGACAGCCACACAUUUCAAAUCUGGACCCCUUUUAACAAAGAGUUGCGAAGAUGUGCAAGUCAAACUGGGACCAUGGAAAUCUGUUCGACUUUGGGGAAGUUUUACCUGGAAAAGGUGUAUAAAACUUGUUAUGCAUAAUCUGGUCCAAGAAAAUGCUUUGAGUUAUGUGAUUUUUCUUUUACUAAAGGAAGGCCAACCUAUGCUGGUUUACCUGUAUAGUAUGGUACAUUUAUGAGGCGAGGGAGCGGAGGAAGGGGGAGGGGUAUAUUAAUUGCUUUGCCCAGUUAAUUUCUGCACUGCACAAAAUAUACUAGUACAGUAUUUUUUAGUAUUAUUUUGCAUCGUUUUGCCUUGAAGGUGCUGUCUUCUAUCAGUAUUCAUUCACUGUUGAAUAGCAUUAACGAACAUAUCACUGAGUACACAUUUCAGGUCAGCUAAGUAUAUUCAACUCAAGAUUUUUUUU